UGUAAACUGUUAAAACUUAAAACUUAAAUGUUCAUGAGUUAAUCUAUUGUCACUAGAACUGAUAUGUUUAUUGAUUAGCUUACUCUAAAAACUGAGAAUGAAGCCUGAAAUAGACUCAAAAGUCGAAGAGAACGACAAUCCACUUCCAGUCGGAGAUGUAAUAGGAGACACAGCGUACAGUGAAAGAUUUGUGUUGAAAAUUCUUAUAAAGCUAGCCAAUUUAGACACACUCAAAAAUGAAAUAAAAGAGAAAUCUUUCGAAGAAGAUCUUUGUAUGCUCUGGGAUAUGACUGCAGAACGAGAUGUUGUACUAUUCCUCCAAAAACACGAUAGCCUUAACCUCAUCAACUUUGCAUUGCCUAUGAUGGACUCACCGCGACUGAUAGAAAUUAUGAUCGGUAUCGUGGGCAACAUGUGCUGUCAAAAGGAGGUUGUGUCCAGUAUCUUGAAGAUGGAUGGAUUUUUGAUGCAACUUCUUGAACAUUCAAAGUGUGAUGAUAGUUUGACUUUGGUACAAUUAUUACGGCUUAUAAACUCAUGUCUUUUCUUGUCUAAUGACAGUGAUAUCCCAAUUUUAAUGACAGUAUUUGAAUCAGUAGGAUAUUCACCAACAUUGUACUUUAUUCUUAAGAAUUCAUCACACAAAGAUCUAUUAGUGACUGCAUUAGAAAACAUGAAUGCCAUUUGUUCGUCUUGUAACACUGAGAGGCAUAGUUCUAAAUUCUUAAUGCAAUUUUUAAGGUCAGAAGCUUUAGAUUCAUUGUCAGCAGCAAUUACAGAAAUCACAACUAAUUUGAAGGAUUCUUUUCGGACAGAUGAAAUUGAACGAUCUCUCAUAAUAAGCUUGCAAAUAUCUCUUCACUUACUCGGGUUUGAUUCUUCAGCAGAAAUCUACGAGAACAGCAAAGAUGAUGUCAUUGUUAUGAUGAGACAAAUUUUAGACUAUUAUGAAGAAAAAUUAGUCAUACAAAAGGAAAUAGAACCAGAUUUAAUUGACAUUAUUGAAUCAAUAAGCACUAUAAUCAACAUUUUAAAUCUAAAUAAUAUAUGUGACCUCACCAAAUACUUUGAUCACAGUUACAAAAUGUGGAAAGCAGUUAAUAUGAUAAUGAAAUCUGACAAAGAUGGAGCUACUAAUUUUGAGCAAGAUGACAAAGUUGAGCUACUGGACUUUACCUCUAAAAUAAAGGCUCCUCUGUGCACACUUAUGUGCAAUUAUAUGGCAACAUGUUCAGACGAAAACCUGUUAAAGUGUUUAGAUGUCAUUGGUCAAGAUUAUGAUGACAUCAUAACUUCAUUAGACAAAGAAAAAUUACAUGAUGAAGUGAACAAGAGAACAGAAAAAUACAGAACUAGAUUAAAAGAAAACAUUGAUUCUUAAAUAAAUGAAUUAUG